UGACAGAAUAAUACAAGUGUUCAACACGGGAAGCCGAUCGAGGGCGUCGUCGAGAUGGACGACAAGCCUGCGAUCCGGCCGAGAUCCAAGCGCCGCCUUGAGCUUUCCUGUCCCGACGAGGCGGUGGCACCUCCGCCGGAACGCCGGAGGACUAGGCGCACCAAUGGCACGGUUCGUCCGCGCGAGCGCGAGGCCCCCGCUCCCGCCUCGAGGGUUGCGCGAUCUCCUUCUCCACCUUACGGCAAACGGGACUCGGAGGAUGCAGCCGCGGCGCCGCCUCCUGCACACCGCGCCGCCGCCGAGGCCCCGGAUCCUCCGCCCAAGCGCGACACCGCGUACGUCCGCACCGCGUACGUGCUCCGCAACCGCCACGUCCCCGAUACCAGCGGCCGCGAGCCCUACAUCCCCGCGCGCCACGAGAAGCGGGACGAACUUAAGCAUGAUCGGCCAUGCUCUUCCAGGAAAAAAACUUAAGCGAGAGGAGCCUUGGGGGCCCCAGCAUGUGCACGUAUGGCUUUGGAACACUACAACAGCAUGAAUCAGGGGGAGGAGCAUGAGCUGGUUAAAGCAGUGGGCGUCCAUUCCUUUAUCUGGUGUGGUGGGUGGUUGCAUGCAAAUUUCCUUGCUAGGCCUAAAGGUGCCAGCACCUGUGUUGAUCUUGCUCCCAAGUACUUCUUUGCUGAGCUGGAACUUUUUUUUUUUUUUUGACCGGGUCUACGGCGGGCUUACGCCAGCCUGAACAUUGAUCAAGAACAACAAGAGUACAUGGGAUCCUUACAAUAUUUUAGAGGGAAGCGAGAGAGAGGGG